AUGGUCUCCUUCUCGUGCGAGGGAUGUGGUGACAUCCUCACCAAGAAGAAGCUCGAUCCUCACGCCAAUCAGUGCUGGGGCGCGUCCUAUACCUGCAUCGAUUGUAUGGUACACUUCCAAGGCACCGACUACCGUGCACACACCAGCUGUAUGUCAGAGGCUCAGAAAUAUCAAGGACAUCUAUACAGAGGCGAGAAGAAGGGCAAGGGUCAGAACCAGAAUCAGAAGAACCCAAACCAGGCACUGGUUACUCAGAAGGCCCCCGAACCCACCACUACCGAUGUCGCAAAGACCAAUGCUCCGCCAAAGGCUCCCUCUCCUCCACUGUCUGGUACCGAGGUGCCUCCUAGUGUAAACGUCUUUGAUUACAUGGACACCCCUGCAAAGAUUGAGUCUGCCCCUCUUGUCACCCCGGCCUCGAAGCGCGAGCGAGAAGACAAGAACAAGAGCGACAGAAAGCGCAAGAGAGACGAUCAAGACAUGGUAGAUGCUACUCCUGCGUUGCACACUGGCCUUACAGGCGGCCUGAACAGAAUGCUGUCUGGCCCCGAUUUUGGCGAAAACGGUGCUGCAGCCAGCCCUCUCAGCCCCAAGAAGCGUAGCAAGAAAGACAAGUCAGAGAAAGCUUCCUCAGUCAAGAGCUCGUCGAGAAACUCUACAUCUUCAGACGCGCGCGAAGACAAACAGCUCGUCACCAAACGCUCCCCUGCAGAGCUGUUCCUGAGCUUUGUUGACAAAGGCCCCGAGAGUGAGAGUGGUUUGAGCAUCAAUAAGGCUCUUAAGCGCUAUCACCGUGAGCGUCAAGCUCGGGGGCAGAAGGAAGACGGCGACAAGGACCUGUGGAAGGAUCUUCGCGUCAGAAAGAACGAGAGAGGGGAAUUCGUUCUUUUCAUUUGA